GUGGACUAGUCGAAAGAAGACUAGAGGGAGGGAUUGUUGAUUGAAAAAGAGGUAAGUAAAGGCUUGGAAUGCCUUCAACGGGGCAGGGCCGGGAGAGAUCGGGCGGCAAAGGAAAAGGGAAGAGGGGGCAAAGGGGCUACAGGGCCCCUUAGUGUAAAACCGAACCAUGAGGGAGACUUGGGGUGUGAAUGAAAGAAAGGAGUGCGACUUUUGCUGAUCGGAAUGUGAAGUAGCUUGUGCAUGCGUGUGAAGGCCCCAAAAAGACUAAGGGGCCUACUCCAAUAAUGACGGAUGGAAUGUAUGAGACUCGAGGAGUGCGUAGCGGCGAGGGGGAGACGGCAUUGCCGCACCCUGAUGACACCAUGGGAUUGCAAUGCUUAGGGAAAUGGACCCGAUGUGGAUCCUCAGGGACGCCGAGCCGGACUCGUGAUAUGGGAUAUGACUUUGCCAACGAAGGGUGGGAUGUGGUAAGCAGUCGGGCCGUGAUAGGAGGAUGGGAGGAGCUUAGCCUGCCAUAUCAACUAGUCCAAACCUGGGUACCGCACUUCGUGGCGGGUUGGUUCGGCGGGUACGAGCACAUCCGCGCGGUGGCCGAGUCCCUGGAUGAAGUAGACUUAGCCUUCACAUGGCUAGCCGAUGCCUACUACAAGAUCUCGCUAGAAAUGGGGCCCUUCCAUGGCGAUAGAGCAAGGGAAAUAGUCGACAUCUUGAAGAUUUUUAAGGAAGACCAGCUCGAGGUGGACGAUAGAUCUAUGGAUGCGAUACUUCGCCGCGAGGUGGCAGCAACCCCCUCAUAUGCAGGCGACGUGUUCCUGUUGUUCGAGAUAGCAGAGCCCAUUCGGGCCAUGAUCCACGAAGAGGGCUCGCUCGAUUGGACGGAGGAAAGAGAAGUCGCCGUCCAGACCUUGAAAGACAUCCUGACGUCGGAAGAAGUCACCCUUGCCGCUCCAUGUUUCAACGAUGAGGUAGGGCGUCCAUUUGUGCUUGAGACCGAUGGGGGACCACUGGCCGUGGGAGGAGUCCUGAUCCAAAGAGUGGAAGACGGGAAGGAACGACCAGUCAGAUUCGAGAGUAGAACGUUGAACUCAGCGGAGCGUCGCUACUCUCAGUUCAAGAAGGAAGUACUGGCUGUUCUGCAUUGCCUCAAGACCUUCCAAACCUACCUCUUUGGAAGAAGGUUCAUCCUAAGGAUAAACCCGACAAACGUUGCAGGGGCUCUGAAGAAUUACAAGCCUAUAGACCCUACCGUGGGAAGAUGGGUGGGGUUCAUUUGGCAGUUUGAUUACAAGAUCGAGCGCAUAGCCGGACUUAGGAAUAGGGCCGAUGGCCUGAGCGGAGUGUGCAUUACGCGAGCGGGGGUAGAGGAUAUGGAACCUAUCGAUGCAUUCCUCGACUAUGAGGGGGGGACCCUUGUGGUAGAUAACGAGAAGAUAGGGCCUGCCUGCACAUCCAAGGAAUUGUUGAUCAAGGCGCUGGAGAAAGGAUCUUUGACAGUCGUGGUGGAACUCGGGGAAGGAGCACUUACAAGCUCGGCGAGGCCAUACAAGAUGCCGACGUUCCGGAUCGAGAAAUUUGAUGACUACACACAUCAAGACCCGGUCGUCUGGUGGCAAGGAUUUACAACGGAGUUGGGGAUUCACGAAGUCCCUGACCAUCUGUUCAUCAGUGCUCUGUUCAUCAACACCAAGGGAGGUUGUCAGAUCUGGCUCAGCCAUAUGGCAACCAUCCACGGCGUCCAGGUUUCAGACCUGUACAAGAAGGUCUCCUGGGAGGACAUGACAAAGGAAUGGAAGAAGCGGUUCAUCGUCGAUGAUGCCCCGACACUCGCCAUCAACCGCAUCUUCACGAUGGCUCAAGGGAGCACACCGACACGUGACUGGCUCACGGAUUGGCAGAAAAUCGUGGCGACGCCCGAUUUGGACUUGUCAUUUCCGCAUCUGCGGCGUGAGUUCUACAACAGGUCAUGCGCCGCUCUCAGCCUCGCACUUGGUGAUCGCGAGCAGUACAACACUUUCGCAGAGAUCAUCAACAAGGCGAGAGAGCUCAUCAAGACCAACAGAUUCGGCCGCCUUGCUAGCGGCCUCCUGCACAUCUGGGGAGAACGCGAAUGUCGCAAGUCCUGGAUACACUUACGAGGAUAUGCUGUCCACUUGGUUCCACCGCUGGACCAACCGCUCCACGUGCAACAAUCCAUCGCAUGCACGGUUUCAUCACCAUCGGCAACCGAUUCGGCUCCUUCGCCGCAAUCUAUCGCCGGGGAUUCGACGUCAUGGUCAAGACUUGAAGAGCUGGACCCAUUGACGUUCACGGACUUCCAGUGGAUGCCCGUCCCCUCGACCAGACGAUUGCCGAAACCGCAUUGCAAUGCGCUCAUGGCACAACUGCGGGAUUACUUGCACACUGCAGUACCAGCUCCGUUGAUGGACGCCGGAGCAGAGGUUGUCGACCUUCACGCUUACAUCGCGAAGAUCGACCGCGAGUUCAUGACGCAACGGUACGACGACAUCGACGCACCAUUGCUAUACAUACGCAUUCAGAUCGGAGAGGCGAUCUGCAGUGUCUUGAUCGAUUGCGGAGCAACUCGCAACUACAUCAGCCAAGACUUGAUGGUACGCGUCGGCCUUGGCCCACAUGUCCGGAGGAAGUCCCAGCCUACGCAAGUCACGUUGGCAGACAGUCAUACGCACAAGUCAAUCGACCGGUGCAUUGACGCUGUCCCCGUGUACAUUGCCCCUUACGCAAGUGAGGUGGUGUCCUUUGAUAUUCUGGACACCAAAUUUGACAUGAUCUUGGAGUCGGAGGUCUACCAUGGGUCACGGGGUCUGGGGGAGAUCUUCAAGUGUCUUGAUCGGCAGCAGGAAGGGGUCUUCGGGAGUCUUGAGCAGUCCCAGGUCAGCGGCAGCAAUAGGGGUCUUGAAGGAGGUCUUGGUCAGGUCGAUGAUAGAAGCAAGGCGAACUGCAAGGGUCUUGGUCAGGUCGAUGAUGGAAGCAAGGCGAACUGCAAAGGUCUUGGUCAGGUCGAUGAUGGAAGCAAGGCGAACUGCAAAGGUCUUGGUCAGGUCGAUGAUGGAAGCAAGGCGAACUGCAAAGGUCUUGGUGGAGGAUGGGUUGAGUUGAGAUGGGACCAAGAAAUCAGAGGGCAAGCGGGGGUGAUAGCCAAGGUCAAGGUAAAAGGGGGACAUGUCGGUGGCAGGGCAAACGACAUUGUUGUAGGCAAUCUCGGCGGCGAUGAGCAACUGAUCCCAAUCAUGCUGGUGGGGAUGAUAAUACUUCCGCAGGAUUCUUUGGAGAGAAUCGUUCAUCUUCUCGGUUUGUCCGUCGGUCUGUGGGUGGAAUGCAGUGUUGUACCGGAGCGUGGUUCCGUAGGCAUGGAAGAGUUGUUUCCAGAAUUGGGAGAGGAAGCGGGGGUCGCGAUCACUGAUGAUAUUCUCGGGGAGGCCGUGGUGUCGGGCGACAUGGUCGAAGAAGAGAAUGGCAAUGUCUUUGGCAUUGUGCGAGGUGGUACAAGGAAUGAAAUGAGCGCAUUUGGUCAGACGACAAACAAUGACGUAGAUGCAAUCAUGCCCGCGAUCGGUCUUGGGAAGACCGCACACGAAGUCCAUGGAAACGGACUAUCAUCGGUGCGUGGGGAUGGGCAAUUAUUGGAGCUUACCGGGUUUGGCCCGGUUCGAGGGGUUGACAGCUUGACAUGUGGGGCACGAGCGGAUGUAGGCUUCGACGUCGGGAAGGAUAGAAGGCCAAUGGAAAUAUCGGGAGAUAGUGUCAAAGGUUUUCUGGAAACCAAGGUGGCCAGUGUUGCUCGACCAAGAGCUGGGUGCGGAGGCCACGGGUAUGGUGGAGAAGUCGGGGCAAGAGAGGUAUCCUUGGGUGUAGCGAUGGCGGAGCGAUGGCAGGAGCUGGAUGUGGGUCAUGGCGGCAUAGACUUUCUUGGGGGGUUUGUGAUCGGGGCGGCGGGAGAGGGCAUCGGCAACGCAGUUGCUCUUGCCAGGGGUGUGACAAAUGGUAAAGACAAUGUGACCAAGGUAUUCUACGCUAGAGGCAGCAAAUGUGCAUUUGCUGAGCUUGGCGUAAAAUUUCUGGUCGCGGAGGAUGGCGAGAACUUGGCAGAGAUGAUCAAGGUGGGACUCGAAGGUGGGGCUAAAAACAAGGAUGUCGUCGAGGUACAUCACGACACAGACUUCGAGGAGGUCGCGGAAGAUGUGGUUCAUGGUGGAUUGGAAUGUGGCGGGGGCGUUGGUGAGACCGAAAGGCAUUACGAGAAACUCGUAGUGCCCGAAGCGGGGGCAAAAGGCGGUCUUGUGGGUGUCCUCCUCGCGGAUGCGGAUCUGGUGGAAGCCACUGCGGAGGUCGAUCUUGGUGAAGUAUUUGGCUCCACGGAGGCGAUCAAGAAGUUCGGAUAUCCGGGGAAGCGGAUACUUGUUCUUGAUCGUGAUCCGGUUCAAGGCGCGGUAGUCUGUGCACAUGCGGAGUUCCGAGGUAUCGUUCUUCUUGACGAAGAGACAGCUGGUUCCGAAUGGGGAGGAGCUAGGCUUAAUGAAUCCUUUUUCAAGGAGUUCAUUGAGCUGGCGCUUCAUUUCUUCGGCCUCGAGGACGGAGAGCUGGUAUGGGGGGCGGCAAGGGGGGGAGUGGCCGGGCUCGGGAUCGAUGGUGUGGGAAACACCUCGGUCGGGAGGAAGGCGCGGGGUGAUCUUUUUGAGACGAGGGGGUUGGGGGGAGGAGGAAGGCUGGGAGGCCAGGCGUUGUCGUUCCAUCCUCAUGAGAUGGACAGCCUGGAAGUCUUCCUCGGUGAAUUGGGCUGGGUCAAGGGACUCGGGAGAGGAGUCAAGGCCGUCGUCGGAGGGGAGUGGCGAGUCGUCGGAGGCCAUGUUGUGGAAGAACCGGGUGCGGUUGGGGGCGGCUGGUCGUUGAGGGCGGAGGUGAGGAAGGCGAUCAUGGUGGAGAAGGUGGGUAAGGAGAUCGGUGAGAGGGAGCUCGGGCUCAUGGGCGAGGGCUGCGGCGAGGUUGGGGAAGCAUACCCGCUUGAUGCGGGAGAUGAAGACUUAGUCGGGAAUGAGAGUCGACGGGAUGUGGAGGCAGAGGGAGCGAACGUAUUGGAUGAAUCGCUCGGUGGGGCCGGUUUGGCGGAGGUUGCAAAAUUGAUCGAUGUAGUCAUCGAUGGUCUUUUGCGGAUGGAAGGUGGCGAUGAGAAGGUCGGCCCAUUGAAGGAAGGCAUUUUGAAUUUGAGAGAGGAAAAGGAGGACGUCCUCGUGGGGGAGGCCGGAGAACGUCGCGAUAUCGAUGGCGCGGAAGGAGCGGGGAAUGUCCUCGUUGCGGGGGACAAUGCAAGCGAGGGUGUUGAAGUUGCAGUCGUCGGGAGAGGUGUCGUAGUAGGUGUAAUCCUGAUUGCAGUCACCAAGGAGGUAGCAAGGGGGAGGUUGGGGUACGGCGGGGUAAACGCGCGAAAGGACUUGGGAGAAGGUGAACUACGCCUAUGCAUUGACUAUCGUGAGCUGAACUCCGUCACCGUGAAAAACGUGGAACCUCUUCCGCGCAUUGACGACCUGUUGGACCAAUUACAGGGGUACAGGUACUUUAGCAAGAUUGAUCUCCAGUCUGGGUACCACCAGAUCGAGGUGGCUCCUGAAGAUCAACACAAGACGACGUUUCGAACAAGAGCGCUAGCGCUAUACUUAGCGCAGGAGCACGAGGAGCAGCAGUGGCAGCGAGCAGAGCAGCAGCAGCGGCGACUGAGCAAGAUCGGCGGCGACCAUAGCCGCCUGAGGUAUCGGGAGCCGGAGGCACACCUGCUCGCAGAACGACAGCAACGACAGAAGCAUCAGCAAGAGGUGGCUGCUUUGACGGCCGCCGUCCGCGACGCAACAACGCAGCAGCAGCAACAGCAACAGCAACAGCUGUUGAACUCUACUCUCGCACGCAUCAACGACAUCGAGGCUAAGACCUCAGCAGCGCCAGGCUGCACGACGGACGCGACGAAGCGGCUCAACGAGCGCAUCGAUCACGUCGUCACUAUCAUUGACGAACUAGGUGAUUUCACUAGUCCGGCCACGAUCAGCAGCACGGUGGCCGCCAUCAAGACGAGCAUCACCAACCUGCAGACAAGACUGGACGCUGCUACAAAGAAUUACAAGAUGCCGCACUUCCACAUCAGCAAGUUCGACGAUGACAACAAGUCGGACGCCUUGACAUGGUGGCAACGUUUCCUCACGGAAGCAUCUUGCCGCACUGUCCCGGCUGACGACAUGAUGAAGGCGCUCUACUUACAACUGAUUGGAGGAGCGCAUGCCUGGAUGAACCAUCUGGCGGCUACCAAGAAAUGCACCAUCGCCGAACUCCACACGCACGUCCCGUGGAAGGAGUUCGAGAAGCUAUGGUUCACUCGGUUCAUGGUCCGCAACGUCGUGAAGGCGGCCAUGAACGAGGUGUACACCUGCUCUCAAGGGAAUAUGCCAACUCGAGACUGGACAACCAAAAUUCGCGACGCCAUAGCUCGGAAUGACGUCGAGGAGAUGGGCCUUGUAUUCUUGCAUGCUCUCCCCUCGCCGGACGGACCAGCCGCGUCACCGCCGGACCCACGCAUCACUCACCUCUUGGACGAGUAUGGAGACGUCUUCGAGGCUCCCACCGGAACGGUUCCGGAUCGGCCCUUACGUCACGGGAUCACUCUCGAGGCUGGUGCCGUCCCUCCGCGUGGAUGUAUCUACCGCAUGAGCGAAGAGGAACUCGAGGUGCUUCGCGCACAACUCGAUGACCUUCUUGACAAGUGUUGGAUUCGCCCUAGUUGCUCGUCAUACGGUGCCCCUGUUCUCUUCGUCCGGAAGAAGAACAAAGAUCUACGGUUAUGCAUCGAUUAUCGCAAACUUAACGCACAAACCGUAAAGAACGCCAGCCCUCUCCCUCGGAUUGAUGAUCUUCUUGAGCGGUUAGGCGGCGCGACGUACUUCUCGAAGUUGGACUUGAAGUUGGGUUACCACCAGAUUGAUAUCCAGCCUCAAGAUCGGUACAAGACCGCGUUCAAGACGCGGUACGGGCAUUUUGAGUGGGUUGUCAUGCCAUUUGGCCUCACCAAUGCCCCCGCGACUUUUCAAGCAGCUAUGACGACUGAGUUUCGCGACGUGCUCGAUCGCAGCGUCCUCAUCUACCUCGAUGACAUCUUGGUCUAUAGUAGGACGUUGAACGAGCACAUCGUACACCUUCGCGCUGUUUUGAAUCGUUUGCGAUUGGCCAAGUACAAAGCAAAUCGCGACAAGUGCGAGUUGGCGAAGCAGGAGCUUGAGUAUUUGGGCCAUUAUGUUAUGCCGAAAGGCAUUCGUCCCUUAGUGGACAAGAUCCAAGCCAUCGUGGAUUGGCCGGAGCCCCGUUGCACGACGGAUGUACGCUCCUUCAUGGGUUUGGCUGGAUAUUAUCAACGAUUCGUCGAUUCAUACUCGAAAGUGGCCGCUCUUUUGUCGAUACUUCAGUCCCCGAAGGUGCCCUUCGAGUUCGACGACGCAGCCCGUGGCGCGUUCACUACGUUGAAGGCAGCGAUGCAAGCCGCACCUGCCCUUCGUAUAUACGAUCCCACCCUGCCCACCCAAGUGACGACGGACGCUUCGGGAUACGGUAUUGGUGCGAUGUUGGAACAGUGUCACGAGGACGGUUGGCAUCCGGUCGAGUAUUUUUCCCAAAAGGUGCCUCUCGUCAACACUCUCGACGACGCUAGGAAGAAAGAGCUACUCUCGUUCGUCACCGUUCUCAAACGGUGGGGCCACUUUCUUCUCGGCCGUCGGCGUUUUAAAUGGAAUACGAACAACAAUCCGUUGACCUUUUACAAAAUGCAGGAUACGGUCACUAGCACGAUCGGUCGAUGGAUGUAUUACAUCGACAAGUUCGACUUUGACCCGUGCCACAUUCCCGGUCCCGCCAAUCGAGCUGUGGACGCCCUCUCACGACGGUCCGAUUUUUGUGUCAUUGUGACCACGACAUUCAACCUCGAGGACGAUCUGCAGCCGCAUUUUGUCAAAGGCUACAAGUCCGAUCCGACUUACUCUACGCUUUACGCGGAGCUUUCAUCCGAUCACCCGCCGGCUAGCCACUAUCGGAUUUCCGAGGGGUUCCUUCUCCUUCACACGAGAGGAAAGUACUUGACUGGGUUUAGUACCACCCCCUACAGCAAGGAGCAAGAAGAGAGAGUUGCCGCCCAUCUGCUUGAAAGGAAGGAAAAGAUGGAGAAAAGGGAGCUAAUCAAGCAGGCCAAGAUGCUGGCCCUGCUGGAGGAACAAGAGGCAAAGAAGAGGCAGAUGGAGGAGCUGAAGGAGCAGGAGGAGAAGAUGACGGCUAUACAAGAGGAGGUGGAGAAAGAAGAAGAAGAAGAAGAAGAAGUAGAGGAAGAAGAGCCAUUGGAGAGAAGGAGAGGGGAAGCGAGGACAAGCAAAGAAAUGGAGAUUGCAAGGAUUGCAGAAGAGUGGGCCGCACAUUUGGAGUUAGGGGAAGAUAGGGAGGCCGAGAUGGCCAUCCCCCAGAAGGAGAGAGAAGCAGCAAGGAGGCAGAUUGAGACAGAAACGGACCCGGUCUUCUCGAAGAUAGAUCUGAAAUUGGGGUACCAUCAGAUAGAGGUGUACCCUGACGAUCAGUAUAAGACGGCAUUCAGGACGAGAUAUGGGCAUUACGAGUUCAUAGUGAUGCCAUUUGGACUUACUAAGGCACCGGCAACAUUCCAGCGCUGCAUGAACGACUUGUUUAGACCGUGGUUAGAUAGAUUUGUCGUAGUUUACUUAGACGACAUCCUAAUGUUCAGCAAGACCCUCGAGGAACAUGAGGGACAUCUACGACAGAUUCUAAGCAAGUUUAGAGAGUCUAACUUCAAGAUUAACCCGAAGAAGUGCGAAUGGGCCAAGACACAGGUCCUUUACCUAGGCUAUGUACUAGACGGCGAUGGCAUUCGGCCUGAGGACAGCAAGAUUGCAUCCUUCAGAGAUUGGCCAACUCCUAAGACGCUGACAGAGUUGCGCUCAUUCCUAGGACUAGCUAACUACUACAGGAAGUUCGUGAGGAACUUCUCCACGAUUGUUGCUCCCCUUCGUAGACUUCUGAAGAAAGAGACUAUCUGGAAGUGGGACCAAGAUUGUACGUCAGCCUUCAAGAAAUUGAAGAAGGCUUUGAUAGAGUACCCUGUCCUCGAAGUUGUUGAUCCAUCAUUACUAUUCGUUGUUACUACAAACGCGAGUCAGUAUGGCAUAGGCGUCAUUCUACAACAAGAUGACGGCAACAGUUAUAGGCCCGUAGAGUUCAUGUCAGCCAGGCUGCCCUCAGAGAAAGUCGCAGCAUCGACAUAUGAAAGAGAACUCUACGCUCUCAGGCAGGCUCUAAAGCACUGGAAACAUUACCUGCUUGGGAGACACUUCAAGGUUUACUCAGUCCACGAGACUCUUAGAUGGCUAAAGACACAGGCCAAGAUGACGCCCAAGUUGACUAGAUGGGCUGCUGAGAUAGACCAGUAUAACUUUGAGUUGAAACCCGUCAAAGGCAAGUAUAACGUGGUAGCUGAUGCGCGAAGUAGGAGAUCUGAUUACUUCGGCGCAAUAGUGCACUACCUAGACAUAGGGGCCGAUAUGCAGCAGAAAAUAAGAGAUGCCUAUGCACAGGACCCGAUCUACAGUGAGCUCCUGAAGAGAGUAAAGGAAGCCCCCAAUAGUCCUCAUGCAAGUCUUCCUGUGAGUUCGAUGAAGCAGCGAGGUUGCAGAAGACUGGAGGCAGGUGGUGAGAGUGGAGAUGAGCAGGAAGGAGGAGAGGUGGUGCAGGUAUCCUUGGUAUCUUUAUGUUAUGAUGAUGAUGAGGGGGCAGGAAGCAGCCAUUUGCUGGAGCAGAAGAUCAUAAAGUUCCCGGUUCCGUACAAAAUCCCUCCGGAAAUGUACACACCAGAAGGUUAGAUAUCUAUCCCUGUUGACAAGUAAAUGUCUUGACAUGGA